CUCUAAGUCAUUCUCGGUAGGGAUGGGGUUGCACCAUGGGUCUGCCCUUAGCCCUUUUUUGUUCGCCUUGGUGAUGGACGUCCUGACACAAGGUGUUCAAGAAGGGGUCCCAUGGUGCAUGCCUUUUGCGGAUGAUAUUGUGCUUAUCGACGACACGCGUGAGGGACUAAACGAUAAGUUGGAACUAUGGCGCCUUGCCCUUGAGACCAAAGGAUUCAGAAUAAGUAGAAACAAGAGUGAAUACAUGGAAUGUCGUUUCAGCGGUCGGGAAACAGAAUCAGAAGUGGAAGUUAGGAUUGACUCUCACCUAGUGCCUAAGGUAGACAAGUUUCGAUAUCUUAGCUCGGUAAUUCAGGCUGAUGAGGAGUUAGACGGGGAUGUUGGACAUCGUGUUGGAGUGACUUGGGCCAAAUGGCGGUUGGCUUCAGGGGCGUUGUGUGAUCCGAAGAUUUCGCCAAGGAUGAAAGGUAAGUUCUACCGGUCCAUAGUCAGACCUGCUAUGUUAUAUGGGGCAGAGUGUUGGGCGGUUAAGAAGACUCAUGUGCGUCGUCUGCAUGCGGCGGAGAUGCAGAUGUUACGAUGGAUGUGUGGGAAGAGGAUGUUGAUAGGAUUUCGAACGAAGUUAUCCGACGUCAGGUAGGCAUGGCGCCGGUGGAAGAUAAGCUGCGGGAAGCGAGGUUGAGAUGGUUUGGUCAUGUGAGACGGCGGAAUGCUGACGCCCCUGUACGGAGAUGCGAGAGGAUUACGGUUGUCAGGGGAAGUAGGGGAAGGGGUAGAGCUGGGAAGAAUUGGAAGGAGGUGAUUAGGCAGGAUUUAAGACUUCUCACCCUGACUGAGGAUAUGGCUUUAGAUAGGAACCUUUGGAGAACUAGGAUUAGAGUAGCUAGAUAGGGGCCCGGUGCUUCAGAGGUUUUUUGUAAUGUGUUUUGUUUGGUUGGAAAUUUUUGCUAUUGCUUGCAGAACUUUCAUUCCAUUGUACUUGGUUCUUUAUCUGUGUUAUAUUGUGAUUCUUAUCAUAUUUUUUGUGCAGUUGGAGCCGGGGGUCUCUUGGAAACAGCCUCCCUACUUCCGAGUAGAGGCAAGGU